CACCUGACUGGCUCAGCUUGGCAGUGCAGUGUGCCUCUGAGUGGGGAAGCAUGGCUGUGUCUAUGGUUAGUUUUGGAGGAUAUACUCGUCCACAUGUCUAUUUACUACUGCUUAUUCUCCUCCCGCUUGGCCGACACACAGUUGAUGGAGUUUGGCCAUUGCCGCAGACUUUCACCUCUUCAGUGGAGAGAUACCCUCUGAACCCGCAGACCUUCUACUUUGGAUACGGAAGACAGUCAGCCGCACAGCCGGGCUGCUCUGUGCUGGAUGCUGCAUUCAAGAGAUAUUUUUAUCUUAUCUUUCCAGACUACAUAGGAAAUGGUGUUCUGCGAUUCAGUGAGGUCAAACCAUUUAAUAUUGAGAUCAGUGUGGACCAUGAGGAUUGUGAGGGUUACCCGAAUGAGGACUCAUCUGAGAGAUACAAUCUGAGUGUCUCUGCAGGACAAGCAUCGCUGAGUGCAGAAACCGUGUGGGGUGCAGUGAGAGGUCUGGAAACCUUCAGUCAGCUGGUGUAUCAAGAUGAUUUUGGCUCAUAUUUUGUGAACAAGACUGAGAUUGAUGACUUCCCUCGGUUUGCGUUCAGGGGAAUUUUGUUGGACACUUCACGUCACUAUUUACCAGUGCACGCCAUUUUAAAAACUCUGGAUGCAAUGGCCUACAGUAAGUUCAAUGUGUUUCACUGGCACAUUGUUGAUGACCCCUCCUUCCCUUACCAGAGCAGAACUUUUCCAGACCUUUCCAGUAAGGGGGCUUUCCAUCCAAUGACUCACAUCUACACACAAUCAGAUGUGAAAAGGGUGAUCUCACAUGCCAGGCUGUGGGGAAUAAGAGUUCUUCCUGAGUUUGAUACACCCGGCCACACCCAAUCAUGGGGAAAAGGGCAGCCUGACCUGUUGACUCCCUGCUUCAAAGGGAGCACCCCUUCAGGUACUUUUGGUCCUGUUAAUCCAAUGUUGCCCUCCACCUACCAGUUCAUGGAGAAACUAUUCAAGGAAGUGUCAUCAGUGUUUCCUGAUUCCUAUAUCCACAUAGGAGGGGAUGAGGUGGACUUUUCCUGCUGGCAAUCCAACCCAGAUAUCCGAGCAUUCAUGAAGAAGAUGGGAUUUGGAGUAGACUUCACCAAACUGGAAGCAUUCUACAUGGAGAACAUUGUGAAUAUCACUGCAGCCCUCAACAAGACAACUAUCGUCUGGCAGGAUGUUUUUGACUACCAUGAGCGAAUUCCUAAGGACACAGUGCUGCACAUCUGGAAGGGUGCUGGAUAUAGGACAGAGCUCAGCAGGAUGACCAAAGCUGGCAUGAGGGUCGUGCUAGCUGCCCCAUGGUACAUCAACCACAUUUCCUACGGCCAGGACUGGCGUGUCUCCUACAACAUCCAGCCACUGAACUUUUCUGGUACUGAGGAACAGAAGAAGCUGGUGAUAGGGGGUGAAGUCUGCAUGUGGGGGGAGUAUGUGGAUGCCACCAAUCUCACUCCACGUCUUUGGCCAAGGGCAAGUGCUGCUGCAGAGAGACUUUGGAGUGAUGAGAAGCAGACCUCCAGUGUGGACAAGGCGUUUCCUCGCUUGCAGGACUUUCGCUGCAAGCUCGUGAGGCGUGGCAUCAGAGCAGAGCCUCUGUAUGUUGGACACUGCAAACAUGAGUACCAGGGUGUUUGAAGAUGUUGGAUAGGUUAACAACAAGGUUUUUCCGGGGCCUUUUUUUGUGUGUGUAAUAUACAGUAUUUGAACAUUAAAAUGCUUUCUCAGGGACUAUCUCAUUACCUAAUAAUUAUUUUUUCUAAUAAAAAAAGUUAGUUAUUUAGUAGUGCGCUUUUUAAUUUUUUUGCAUAUUAGGCAAUCACAAUAGUGAUAGGGAAGUGCUUCACUGUAAUCUCAUGUUGAAUUGUACUUGAUAACGGCAAAAUAUUUUUAUCAUUUUUUUACUUUGAUUUAAACAUAAUAAAAUGUUUG